AUGAAUUGGGUUUUAAAUGUUUUACAGAUGAUGAUACUAGGUUUCUCUCUGUUUCCUUACUGUUCCUCACGGUCUCAUAAAUCAAACAAUGGGCAGAAUCAUGAUUAUGUUACAGUUGUUUCACCGAAAUUCAAGACACAGAUUGACAAAAAGUCCGAAUAUGUAACUCAGUUAAAACAGAGAACAACAUUCAACACUGACAAAUAUGAUGAUGUUUCUGGAAAACAUUCAAUAGAUAACGGAGAUUAUGAAGACCCCUUCAGGAGACCAGAUCUUAAUUAUUUUAACAGCAACAAUGAUUAUGAAAAUAAUAAUGACCAAUCCGAUGUUGGGGAGAAAGGUCAAGAUUAUGCAGAAUCCGGUUACAUAGAUGAAGAGACAAUGAAAUAUGAAAAAGCGAUUCAAAAACAAAGUGGAACUAGUCAAGUGUUUAAACACAUACCUAAAAAUAGUAUUACGAAAUAUACUGAAAUUGAUAGACCACGCAGUUUCAAUAACAAAGAAGUUUUAAAUAAUGAUGUUUUUGUCGCAAGCGAUUACAGCAACACCGAUUUAAGUGAGCUAUUUAAUAAAUAUGCUGAAGAUACUGAUCGAAAUUCCAAUGCAAAGUUUGAUUUGAAGAAUUAUGAUGUUGAUAUGGACAAAUUGUUUAGGGAAAACAUGAAAUCUAAUAAAAUAGAGAAUAAAUACUAUAGCGAUAAAGUACAAAAUAAUCAUCAGGAAGAAAAUCACCAGAAUAAUAAUAAUAAUAAUAAUGAUCGGAGAACGGAUUCAUUGAGCAAUAGGAGACGUCUGCAAAAUUUACAGCAAUAUAAAAAUAUUUACGAAGUUCGUAAAACAAAGAAACUGAAUUAUCAUGUGAAUAAAGAGUGAAAUGACAGUAGUAAUGAGAUGUUUGAGAACUGCUUAAAGAGUUUUUGCUAAAAUCAGAAAAACAUAAAUAUCAACCAAUCAAAUUAUUCAAAAACAAUCCUGUGUAGUGAUAACAUCAUUAUUAAGAGAUUAUACUAACUUUCAUAAUGUAAUCACAAUUUUCGAAUGUCUAUCUUCUUUGUUUAAAGAAAUGAUAUGAAAUAGUUUUUACAACUUUUCCCGAGUAUAUUUUCAGUGCCAUAGGCUUUUCAUCCUGUUAUAAUUAAGCAGGAUGAAUUCCAAUAAAAAUGUUACUAACAAGAUAUUUUGACCGAUAUUACAUGAAGACCUAUUUAGAAUGAUUUUACUGAAUGUAAUCGGUAAGAAUAUUUAGAGUCAAGCUUCACAAUCAUCGCCAUUGACUUGAUAAGAUUAUCUACAUCUUUCAGCUAAGUGAAAUACACCUGAAUAUUGAAGUCUAAAUGACUUAGCACCCAGUAACUCUAAACAUUGCUUGACAGAUGACCUGCGGUAAAACUAGAUAAGACAGUGGAUUAUUAAAUGGCAAACUGUAUGAGUUUAUCUUGAUCAGUCAUGACUUCUUGAAGAUAGCCUUUUGGCCAGAUGAUAUUGUAUACAAUGCACUGAGAUAUUCAAAUGAAUAUCUUGAUGAAGACUUAUCGAAGUUGAUCCACAGAGCUCCCUCACUAUCGAAGUGCAGGCACGAUGAUGGUUAGUGUUCAUACUGUUACACAUUUAGAACCAGGUUUUCUAUAGUUGAAGAGAUCCAUUGUUGAUGACAGCUGAUGAGCAUAAAAUCUAAUUCAAACAAGAAAUUUCCCACGUUUAGACGUUACACUUCAUGCUACAGUAAUGAAUAGAUAAGGAGCUUCAUUCUGAAGCACCUAGUAACAUUGUGCUGUGGAGAGUCAAUCAGGAGUAACCAAAGGUCAGUCGAUGGUAACCAGAAUUAACCUAAAGGUUAAGCGCAUUUCAUUGGGGGCAAUUUCCUAAGGAUAGAGUGGUAUAUAUAUAUAUAAUGAGUAUUUGUACAUUUCAUUCGGUAGCCCAAUAAACUUUCUCGUUUACUCUUAUGUUCUCGCUCGAAUAGUACGUUGGGGUGUUAGCACUUAUAACACCGUGUAUCAGUAUCAGAUUUCGGACACCGCCAGUCACAACAUAUUGGACAUAAUGUUCAUGUAAUGUUGGCCGUAAGAUGUACCCAUUGAAAUCCAUCUAACCUGUCCCAGUCCAUCGGUAUUUUGAAUUCUAUAUAUUAUAUAAGCCAAAUCCGUUUAUAUAGACAAACUUUGCCCAUAUAUCCGUAUGAUGUUGAUACGAUUACUUUCUUUACCCUGUUUAUUUAAUCAGUCGAAUGACCCAUUCCAAAAAGGUACUUUUAUUUUUAACAUUUUUUUCUUAUUCUUCCUCUCAUACUUUCAUGAUCAGUGUUAUUAAGUGACCGGUUGACUAAUGCUUUCAUUCCUUAUAGCAUUCAUUAUUUUAUGUUACACAACUUGUUCCAAUAAUCACAAUUCUAUUCUAGAUAAUUAAUCUGCCCACCUUCGGUCAAUUAUUCGUUAGUCAACUGAUAAUUUGCUUUGGUUUAUUUGAUAGAACUUUGAAGUUUAUAACUGGCAUAUUCAUCUAAAUUCUUGAGUUACAUUUUUAUUCAGUCAUUAUUAUUUUGAUAUGAGCCCCCAAAGUUCAUACACAUUGUCAAUUAACUCAUAAUCAUACAGUUGGUGUUAACAUUUUAUCCAUGGAAAGAACCUGAGAUGAAAUAUUUCUGCAGGAAACUUAUAACUAAAGUAACAUCCAGCUGAUGAGUCCUAAAUAGGACGAAACGC